CCAGCAGUCCAGGCCCGGACUCUCAUAAACAUCUUUAAAACUGUCCCAAAAUGCCGAUAUUGAGACAGAAUGGAGACUGGACCAUGAACUGGACGGAGGUACCCUUGGUCUGUAAAGAUGUUGCUGCCUCUCUGAUUCAGCUGCUGUGACUGUGGUGUUCUGCUGAAUACUAAAAUAGACUGUGGUCUAACACAACAGCUCUCCUAAGGAAACACACAGACCCAGUCAGACGUUCCAAAGCUCCUCAUCACCACAGCCCUUUUGGGGUUGCUAUGGCAGCUGCUGUCACAGAAACCAAAUGCUGGACACAGGCUUGCCUGAGUGAGGCAGGACAUACCACUAGACAGUACGGCAAGACACAGUCAACAAACAGCACUUAGCAUUAAUUCUAGCACUCAAAGUUAACUAUAUAGCCAUAGAUCAAUACGCUGAUGGUCAACUCUCUGGAGAAUCCUCAUGAGUCUUGUCUGUGUCUGCUCAGGCUCUUGGCCAGAGUCCCUGUGCAGCAGCAGAGCCAGCACUGUUCCUUCUGAUAGACCAUGUUCCACCAACAGGACCAUCUGAAGAGCCAGCUGCAGGAAAGCCACCCAACUAACAGGCAGCUCUUCCACUGCCAGGAGUGUGGGAAGCAGUACAACACCCAGCUGGGAUACAGACGCCACCUGGUGGCAGCACACAGUGCUGCAGCAGGCCUGCCCUGCACAGAAGGGGCCCCAUCCUUGCUAGAGCACUUGGGCGGCCACAUUGAUAGACCUCCACCAUCAGAGGGCAACACUAAUGCUACUCUGCCAGUGAGAGAAAGGAAGUACUCAUGUGAGCGAUGCGACCGCCGUUUUUACACUCGUAAGGAUGUACGCCGCCAUGCUGUGGUGCACACUGGACGACGUGACUUCCUUUGCCCCCGCUGUGCACAGCGCUUUGGUCGCAGAGAUCACCUGACCCGUCACUUAAAGAAGAGUCACGCCCAGGAGACAGGAUUGAUGCCUCCUGGUACACCCAGCACUCCUGUGGCUACACCCACCCCUCCCAACCAGUGCCCAGUGAAGGAGGAGCCUAACCCUGUGACCUCUGACAUGGGCUCUGUUUCCAAAGAGGGCAUGGAGACUUUCUCCAGGGACAUGUACAACUCCUACUCGUUGGCCAAUCCUGUUCCCGGGAUGGGUCAUCCUCACAGCCUCAUGCAGGGCACCUUGUCCUCAAGCAUGGGUGUUGGUCGCCACAUGCCCCCUCCAUCCUCUCACCCACACCACCACCACCUGCAACCACCAGCGGCCCCACAGCAGCAGCCCUACAGCAACAUGUCCAGGUACCAGCACGGAUCUACCUCAUAUCCUCGCGCAGACGUGGACAGUUUCCUGCUGGACUUGCAGAGUGCCCCCCCACCUCACCUCAGUGCAGUCAACUCUUCUACCUCUAUUUCUGCCUCCCCUCAGAGGGAGGUGCUGGGUGAAGGGGUGGGUGCUAGCAGUGACCCCCACCUUCUGUCCAGGAGCCCCGCUGUCUCCUCAACCGAGCUGUCCUGCACCACUAACAUGGACCUCGGGCCCCUACUGGGCUUCUUGCCUUUCAGCCUGCCGGCCUAUAGUCCUCACAUGGGGAUGGGAGGGUUAGUGAUGAGCUAUCCACCAACCACCACCUCCACCCCAUCUCCAUCCUCCUCUUCAACUGGGCUGUCCUCCCAGGCUCCAGGGCCUUUCACCUUCUUCCAGCCCCCCCAGGCACAUGUACCCCAGGGUCCUGGAGCCCACAACCACAGCCAGCUACCUCAGGCAUACAGCAGUCCUGCUAUGAGCACUUCCAGCUCCCUACCUCACUAUUACCAGGCCUUUCAGCAGUAA